UUGCAUCAUGUACGAAGCUGAAGCUCUUCUUCUUUUCUCGCUAAAACUCUUCUUCUUUUCUCGCCGUGCCGCCGUCAACAACUCACCGGUGUAUUGCGCAGCUAUUCGUGGGUUGCUGGUGGAGGAAAGAGCCAUUCGAACAAAACGCAAAAUUUUUCUUGCGGUAUGAGCUCAAGAACAAUUUAGGUUGCAUUACCUGUACCCACACUUUUCUCGUCUUAAAAUGUGACGACUAUACUUCAGCUCAUGUUGGGGAAGACGAACAAAGAACUUCUUCAAAUUCUUUGCCGAGAGCACCUGACCUUCACACAGAGGUUGAUGAGACGAUACCGUUAGGAUCGGGGAAUGACCCUAUUAUUGGAGAGCUCAGUGAUGAUGUCACUUCACAAAAUCGGCGAAGAGGACCUAACCAGGAUCAAGAUUCCAGAAAAUCCUAAUCAAAGGUUAAAGGUGGAUGUGGUUAAUAAUAGAUUUAUUGAAACUGAUGUUUCACGGAAUCUUACAAACGAUAUUAAGGGCAUUUUUGGAGAGGCAUGGCCAAGAUGGCAUAAAUUGCCAAAGCCAACUAAAAAUUUACUUUGGGAGAGGUUUAAGAUGAGGUAUCGAUGGGAUGAUCUCAUGGAUAUGCAAAUGAGAAAGGUGUGGAAUGAGAAUGCAAGUUCUAGAUUUAGAGAGAUGAUUUACAGAGCAAAACGAAAUGCAUUGGAAAAUGCAAGUGAAGAAUUAGGUAGAGAGCCUCGUACUUUAGAUAUGAUUGGUAGAGGCCCUGAUUGGAUGCACACACAUAUAUGGGACGAAUUAGUUGAGAAGCAUUGGAGUGGAGAGAAUUACAAGGGAAAAUGCAAAAUUGCUCAGAAGAAUCGCAUGACUGAGAAGGCGGGUUGCAUUACAAAGCACACUAGUGGUUCCAUUUCACAAGGAGCACACAGGAUGAGAAUGGAAAAAGAGCUUGGCCGUGAAGUAAGUGAAUUGGAGUUGUUUCAUAGAACGCACAGAAGAAAUCAAGGAAUUGGAGAUUUUGUAGAUAAUAAAUCAAAAAAAGUUAAUGAAGAUUAUAUCGCAAAAAUAGGUGGUAGUAACGAAUCCACUGAGCAUUCAUUUGACAUGCAGUCAUGGUCUGACGUAACCGGAGGGCCAUCUAAAGGCCGAAUAUAUGGAUUUGGGCGUAGUCAAUCUUCUGACAGAUUUAGUAGAAUUUCUGUUACUUCAACUCCUAGGGAAUAUGAAGAAAGAUAUAAUGAGUUAACGAAAGUAAUGGAUGAAAAAUAUAAUGAGUUAAGUAUGAAAAUGCAAGAAGAACUUUUAACACGAGAAGUAGAAAGUAAAAAGAUGCUAGAGCAGGCUCUUGAGGAGUCGCAGAAGAGGGAAGAAGAUGCGAGAAAGAGAGAAGAAGAUGCAAGGAGGAGGGAAGAAGAUGCACAAAGAAGGGCGGUGGAGCUUGAAGAAAUGGUACGCAAAUUAAUUCAAGAGGUGGGGUAUACCAAUCGCCGGUUUGCAGGUGGAUCUGGACCCAAUGAGCAACAAGAUUUUGGUGCAAAGCGUUAGGCAAUUUCUGAUUUUGGUGCAAAUUAAAGAGCAUUGGAGCUUAAAUAGUGAUUAUCCUUGUAUUUAAGUAAAGAGUGCAAGCUCUUGAAUGAUGCGAUGUUUCAAACAUUUUUAUGAUUGUAUUUGGUGUAUAAUAGUGAACAUGAAGAAUUGCAAGUCUUCUGGGUAAACAACGAUAGUAUUUCUCAUACUUCCACUUUAAGUAUAUUA